CGGCCUAUCGACUGUCGAUAGUUUCUGCCUUGGCCCGAGACUUUCGGAGAUUGUGCAGACAAUUGCGGACUAAAUAAGCGUUGAAUCAUGAAGCGAGCGCGGCAGCCGAAGAUUACUACGCAGGCCCUGCUCGAUUUUGACUUGGGCGAGAGUUCCUCGGAUAGCGACUUCCUGCCGGACAUCGACAACUGCUCGGACGGAUCGAAGGACGAGAGCGAUGGCGACGGUAGCAGCAGCGACGCCAGUGGUGGCUCCGAUUCUGAAUCGGAUUCGGAUGCGGAGAGCGAGGAUUCAACACUGCAGCUCCGGCAGCUGUUGGCGGAAACGGAACCGUCACCACUGGAGAACGGGAUCAAUGGAGUGGACCACUGCGCAGCUUCCUCCCCGGCAGCACCAGUAGUGCCUCGUGCGCCACUUCAGCUGUCUAGUGCUCCGGCCAAGCGGAUGUGCUGCGUCUGCCUGGGCGAACGCAGCGACGACGUCAACGAGAUCGUGGAGUGCGACUCCUGCGGCGUAUCUGUCCACGAAGGAUGCUAUGGCGUCAGCGACAACGUGAGCAUAUCCAGUACCAACUCCACCUGCUCGACGGAACCGUGGUUCUGCGAGGCCUGUCGUGCUGGGGUCUCGGAACCGGACUGCGAGCUGUGUCCCAACAAGGGCGGCAUCUACAAGGAGACCGACGUGGGCAAGUGGGUGCACCUCAUCUGCGCUCUGUAUGUGCCCGGCGUGGCCUUUGGCGAAGUGGAGCAGCUGUCCUCGGUGACGCUUUUCGAGAUGCAGUACAGCAAGUGGGGCGCCAAGGUGUGUUCCCUUUGCGAGAACGCUCUAUUCGCUCGCACGGGCGUUUGCAUUGGUUGUGAUGCAGGCAUGUGCAAGACUUAUUUUCACGUGACCUGCGCCCAGGUGGCCGGCUUUCUUAUCGAAGCGCACCACGAGGACGAUGCCGCCGAUCCGUUCUACGCUCACUGCAAGGUGCACUCGGAGAAGGAGAUGAUCAAGAAGCGACGGCGCAACUACCACACACUGCGGCUCAAUAUGAUGCAACGGGCGAGGGAAAAAGAGGCGUUAGCUGCCGAACAUGAGACACCUGCCCCUCACCCAAAUCCAGCCCAAGCACGCAUUCAGCGUAAGCUGCUCAAGAUCCAACACAAGUAUACCAGGCACAAGGAGCUUAAGCCCACGCCGUGGGUGCCAACGCAGAAAAUGUCACGCCUGCUCACCACCUCGGCCUCCGCCUGUCGUCGACUGUUGGCCAAGGCGGAGAUUAUGUCAGUGGAUGUGCAGCAUCUGGAGCAGCGCGAGGCGCACAUUAACGCCUUGACGGACAUUCGGAAGAAGUGGCACAUUGCGCCGGCAUUCAGCGUUGAGUUCACUGCUUACUACAUGGACCGUAUAGUCCGCAUGGAUGACUUCCGUCAGCAGCAGCGGGAGCUUAUUUCGCACAACGCUAUCUUGUCCAAGGAUCAAGACGUGCUGAGAGCUCAAUACGACACCGCGUUGGAGGAGCGCAAGGCAGUGAAGGCCACUAAGGAUUCCCUGCUAACGAGCAUUAAGUCUCUGCACACGGCUUUGGGCCAAAUUGCACCCAACAUGACGCUGCCCAGCGUGGAUCUCAUUGCGCAUCCACUGCCAGAGGCGCCGCCAAAGACCAGUACGCCGACUCCACCCCAGCGUCCCAUCUCGGUGCCCACGGCAGCUGCACUGAAAAUGGGCGUGGGCUUUCCGUUGGGUCAUCUGGGGCCACCGGGCAGUAAAAUGGACUCGUCACGCAUGCUCAGUACUCAUGCCAAACAGGGCAAACACAGCACUUCCUCGGCAUCCGUGGAGGCGGCCCCUUCUGUGUCCUGUGGCAUCUGCAAGAGGAGCAAGGAUCAGCAUCUGUUGGUCAAAUGUGACACUUGCAAUUUGCACUACCACCUGGGCUGUCUGAAUCCGCCGCUCACUCGACCCCCAAAGAAAUCCAAGCAGUAUGGCUGGCAGUGCUCCGAAUGCUGCGACAAGUCUGAGGGUUCGGAUGCCGUCACGGAGAUCUCAUCGGGUCCGAGAAAGUCACGCACUCGCUUCAAUAAGGAUGGCCAUCUGGUCUAUGUGGAUCGAUAUUCGCUGGACGAUAUUCCAGUGGCCGCUGUCAAUGUACCCAAGGAGUCACACACCAAGCGAGCGCUCAACAAAUCCCUGCCAGCUCCUGCUCCGGAAUAUAUAGAAGAUCUGACUAAGUCGCCGAAACGGCCUAAACUCCAAUCCCCAUGUAAAACACCAAUUAAUGUUCCUGCCGAAAAUGUCACUCCCACAACUGAUGCUGCUCCUGUUGCCGCUUCGGCGGCUACUCCUGCGGCAGCUCCAACACUGCCCACGCCCAAUACUAUCGUGAUUAACCUAUCUGGCUGUGAGGACUCGAUUGACGACUCCAGUGGAAAAUUAUCGCGCAAGGGUAAGCGCAAGGACAAGCACAAAAACAAACACAACCUGUCGUCGGAUACAGAGAAAUCGAUCGGCAAGGAGCAUAAACGGAAGCGAAAAAAGCGCGCCCACCUUGACGAGUCUUCCACCCAUUUGGAUAACGCGGGCAACACCUCGGGCAGCACCAUUAAGAUUAUAUUCAAGGCAUUGCGUUUACCCGGCGAGGAUGCGCCGGAGUCUCAAUACUUCUACGUGCCGGCCAAUGCGGUGCGCUCCGUGGACGAAGCCUCGCGCCCCACCUCAGUUGAAACAGUCGAGGACAGUGUCCAGGGAGCGGAGCAAGCCUUGGCACCCAUCGUGCUGCCGGCAGCGUCACCGCAAAAGGUUCGGGAGCCCAAGGAGACUGCGGCCAGCGCUUCCGUCAACCCCACACCAUCACCUAAAAGAAAGGUCAGUCCACGAAAGGCAAGUCCCCGAAAGCCGCGUGUGGGUCGACCACGGGUGUCCAACGCCAAGCCUAAUGUGGAAAUCAGCUGCUGCGUGUGCAGCCAGACGGGCAAGUCCAACCAGGUGGUGACCUGCGACGAGUGCCACCGGCACUAUCACUUCGCCUGCCUCGAUCCGCCGCUCAAGAAGUCGCCCAAGAUUCGCGGCUACUCCUGGCACUGUGCCGACUGUGAUCCCACGGACGAGGAUGCACUGCCCAAGAAAUAGAAGCAAACAUGAUUUUUACGUAGAUUUUGUACCAUUAAUAUCAUUAGGUCCGUGCGAUAUUUACAAAACUAAAAUUGAAUACACAAAAUAAAAUAAGUAAGACACAUUCAUAUUAAAAAUAAAAUAUUGACCAAAUUGUAAUUUGUCACUCGCUGAAUUGUUCGGCUCAGUUAUUUAACAUAUUUAUAAAUACAUUUAUUAAUAAAAACCAUAUAAAUAUU